CCUUUCCUUUCCACUUCCGUUUCCUCUUGAUCAAUGUUUGUUUCGUGACGCGGGAAAACUUAUGGGUCCUUUAUACAAAUACUUAAAUUUGUACGUUUUAUAUAUAUGAACAAAUAACAGAUGUUUAAAGUUAGUUUAUUUGCAGCAGUAACUCGUGUGAAUACAGUUAACAUAACCGUUUAAACUCAGUAACUGGCUAACUAGCUUUCUGCUCGUAAGGCUCGGUCCCAAAUCGCUCCUUCAUCAUUAAAUUGGAACACUUGGUACAUCCCACUAGAGUAGCGGAGUGUACACCUCACCUAGUGCACUAGAUAUUCGAUCAGGACACGUGUUAGGUUCCUCUACUGAGAAGAGAAAGCGGUUGUUAUUUCAAGCAGAAUAUGGCUUCAUGUUUGCCUGCUGUCGCUGAACAGCUACUGAAAGACCUUCAGAAGACAUAUUCAGAGAAGUCCGAGAUCCCUGAUGAGCUCCUAAUAGCGCUGAGGUUUACAUUUGGCUCCUGCACGCUGCAGGCGUUAGACCUGGUGGAUCGGCGAGCUGUAACCCGCGUGUCUUCGCCCAGCGGCCGAGUUGUGUUCCAGGUAGAGGGAGGAUCAGGACGCUUGUACACUUGCUACACGUCGUGUCAUUAUUGUCCCUGUCCGGCCUUCUCCUUCUCUGUGCUUAGGAGAAAUGAAAGUCUGCUGUGUAAGCACAUCUUGGCAGCCUGCUUGUGCCAGGCCAUGGGCUUGUGCCAGCAGGAGCAGGUCUCAGAUCAGCACAUGACCCUCAUCCUCUCCGGAAAAGCUGAGAACCAUCCAUAAAAGCAGGAUUCCUCAUUCAGCGAGCCAGCAUGCACCCAGGGUGCCUGAAUAGAGCAGGUGGGGUGAGGACGAGAACCACAAUUCACAUGAAGAGACCAAAGGAAGCGCCAUGGCUGGAAUUUACACAUUUUAUUUCUCACCCUUGUUUUUUUUCGUUGGAAAGAGCAGUAGCCUUUUCUACUGAACUCAGAGCUGUACAUAUCCUGGCUCUAACAGCUCGCGUUUGGUUUUCUGCUUCCUAAAAUGACAAAUAUGCUUUUAUUAAUAUGCUAAGAGUUUGUCUUAAUGGCAAUUCUGAUUAUAUAGAUAUAGAUAUUUGUUAUAAAUUAUUUUUAAUAUAAAUUAUUUUUUUUUAAAUCCACAUCCAAAAUUUUACUUUGGAAUAAAAACUUUGUUGUUUUUGCUGCUCUA